AUGAGACAUUUUUUGCUGUUGGUGGUGUAUUUUUUGUAUUUGAUUCAAAAUGUUCACGCAACCGAAAAUCGCCUCGAUAUGGCCGCUCAAAGAGUGAGUUUUCUUUUUUUCGAAAAAAAUCGGGCUGAAAAUGAGCUGAAAUUGAUAGGAAUUUUCUUUUUGGCAUAACGAAUCUUUCACAAAAAUUUUUUUAAUAAUAAAAAAUUGAUCAAAACAUUUUUUAGAAGAUUUUUUCGAGCUCCUGAACUCAAGAGCUGUUCUGAAAACAAAAUUGAAACUAGAAUUUGUCUUAAAAAUCUGCCAGAUCAUAUGAACUUAACUUCGUAAUUUUCCAGAGAGCAACAAAUAUCCACCACAUGGAUACGAUUAUCUUGUUAACAUAUGUUUCAAUAAUGGUUCUGAUUGUGCUAACAGCUUGGGCAUUCAAACAUUAUCGAUUGCGAUUUAUUCAUGAAAGUGGUGUUACAUUGUUUUUUGGUGAGGUUUUGAAUUUGAUAAAAAUAAAUUUUUUCUCAAUUUCCGGAAAAAAGGUUAUCAAAAGGUUUCACCUUUGCUGAAAAUAAGUAAUUUAUCAUAAAUGAUGAAUUGCCGGAAAUUUGAAUUUUUGGGGGUUUUUUUUGAUAAUGAACUUUGAUUUUAAUUCUGUAAUUUUGACGGAAUUUCAGAGCAAAAUUAAGCUUGGCUAACUUUUUCCAAAAAAACAAAUAAAAAAAAAAAUACAUAUUCAGGCUUGCUUAUCGGAUUUGUCAUCCGAUAUUUUGGCCUCGGAUUACUGGAAUCGCAAACCUUCGAUGUUAUCACAAAAAAUCGGACAAUCGUCAAAGAACCACCAGAUUAUUUGAUGCUAGAGGUGAAGCCUGAAGGUGGAUCAAGAGUUUCAUUUCACUACGAGCUUAUUGAAGGAUUUUUUGCUGACAAGAGAAAACGAAAGGAGCAACAGAUUGAGCAAAAGGUGAGGAUUUUUGGAACUUUCAGCUGAUUCAUUUUAUUUUCAAAAUAUUUUUUUCAGAGUGUAUUUUCUCCCGAAGUCUUUUUCAAUAUGCUCAUCCCACCGAUCAUUUUCAAUGCUGGAUAUUCUUUGAAAAAACGCCAUUUCUUUAGAAAUAUUGGGAGUAUUUUGGCGAUUGUAUUUAUUGGAACAACCAUUUCAUGCUUUGGAACUGCGUACGUUUUUUAAUUUUUAAAUUUUUGUGCACCGGUAAUUUUUGAAAUAAUCUUAUUUCAGAUUCCUGAUGUUUAUAUUCACCACAAUUUUCCGAAUGGGCUUCACAUUCAAAGAACUUUUGUUUUUCGGAGCUUUGAUUUCUGCAACUGAUCCUGUUACAAUUAUAUCAGUUUUCAAUGAGAUGAACGUUGAAGCGGAUUUGUUUGCGCUGAUUUUUGGCGAAUCUGCGUUGAAUGAUGCGGUUGCGAUAGUUUUGUCACAGUAAGUUUUUUUUGAAAAUGGAUGGAGAGGUUUCAAAUAUGCAGUUAAAAUAUCUGAAAAAAAUUAGUUUCUGAAAUUUUCUCUAGAUUUCUAAAAGUAGAAGCAUCUCCUCAGAUUUCUGGAUAUUUUUUCGAAAUUUUAAGAAAAAAUCAGAAACUCCUAGACCUCCAAGAUUAUUUUCCUGAAGAUUCAGAAAUCUUCCGGGAGUUUUGAAAACACAGAUAUUCUAGAUGAAAAAUCUGAUAUCCAUUUCUGAAUUUUUUCCUAGUCUUCUACAAAUUUGAGAAAAAUUACAUAGGCUUUUUAUAUUUUUCCGAAUUUCUAGAACAAUCAGGAAAAUCUCAUAGGAUCUCUGGGCCUUCUAAAAAAUCUAGAGAAACAAUUUGAUCUAUUUCCAGAGUCAUUGAAAAUUUCUCAACGGCUAGUGAAGCUAUAACAUUACACGAUGUCGGACAAGCUGUCGCCGGUUUCGGUGGAGUAUUUUUCGGCUCUUUGACCCUUGGAUUCGGAAUUGGAUGUUUGAAUGCCUUCGUCACAAAAAUGACUCUCAUCGCCGAACAUCCAUUGUUAGAAAGCUCUCUAUUUGUUCUCAUCUCAUACAUCUCAUUUUUACUCGGCGAAGUUUGUGGUUUAACUGGAAUUGUAUCAGUACUAUUCUGCGGUAUCGCUCAAGCUCAUUAUACAUAUAAUAAUCUAUCAACCGAAUCACAAAACAGUACCAAACACUUCUUCCAUGUGAGUUUUAAAAAUUUUUCUCGGAAGGUUUUUUAUUUUGAAUUUUUUUUAGAUGAUAAGUUUUAUCAUGGAAAGCUUUAUAUUCUGCUAUAUUGGAGUUAGUGUAUUUGUGACAAAUAAUCAGAAAUGGAACUUUGGAUUUUUGCUAUUCUCGCUGAUUUCGAUUACUGCGGCAAGAGCGAUGUUUGUUUAUCCGCUCAGUUUUGUGUUGAAUAUAAGAAGACGUCCGCAGAUUCCAAAACGGUAUAGUUUUUGCGGAUUUUUGGAGGGACUGAAAAAAUGUUUUUAGAAUUUGAAUAGUUUUUCAUUAAUACGAAGAUUUUUAAAAAAAAUUAUGUUUUAGAAAAAUAAAGGGAUUGAAAAAUUUCUGAAAUUAUCUGCAAAAAUAAUACCAGAAGACCGAUGUAUUCAAAAUUUGUAUUUCUAAUCAUCAUUUUCAAGACGGAACAUUUCGGAACUCAAAUUUUUUGGAGGUUUAUUUGGUAGAAUCUUGAAUUUCUACUGAAAAAAACAGCUCAAAUUUCCAUAUCCCUAAUAAAACUUUUUUUGUUCCAGAUAUCAACAUAUGAUUCUAUUUGCUGGAUUGAGGGGAGCAAUGGCAUUUGCAUUAGCAGCAAGAAAUACAGCCACUGAAAAUCGUCAGAUUAUUUUUGCCACAACUACUGCCGUUGUUAUUUUCACAGUACUCAUUAAUGGUGGUUUAACUGCGUGGAUGAUUGAUUAUUUGAAAAUCAAGUGAGUUUUUUUUUCUUUUUGAGCUAAAAAUAAAUAUAAAUAUAAAAUAUAAAUGAAUCACGAGGAAAAGUGCAACCCUUAAUUAGCGGGGGAUUUUAAUUAGGGUUUGGGUUGAAAGGAGAAGCUCUGAAAAAAUUGGAAAUGGAGAAAUUUGGAAGUUUGUUAGGGGUUGAUUCACUGAUUUGAAUUUUUAAAAAAUUUUCCAAUUUUCAGACACGGAAAAGAUGCAAUCGAAGAAGGCCAGCGGCUCGAAAGAGGCAUGAAUAAUCUAAAUCAAUCUGAAAAUCCAGACGAUCCAAAUGUUCCAGUCUCAAUGGCCCCACCCGGCCUCAAUCCUUGGGAUAAAGCUUUCCUACCCAGAAAGUGGUAUCAUUUUGAUGCAAGGUUGGUUAUACAAAUUUCAGAGAUGCCUCUAAUUCAAGAAAAUUGUUUCAGUUUCAUGAAACCACUUCUGACACACGCUACACCAUCCCUCGAACAAACUCUUCCUCCAUUAUGUCUACCUCUCACUUCAUUGCUCACUUCGAAUCGUCAAAAAGCGGUGAGUUUUUCUAAAAAUAUUAUUUUUCAUUUUGUAUUGUGCUGUGCUAUUGUUCAGGGUGAAACUUCUACACCAUUCGAGGAUUCGGAUUAG